UAAGAUCCAUGCAAAUACACUCUCCAAUCAAAGUCACAAGAAGGGGGGAAAAGUCAAAAUAUUCUUACUAUUAUCACUUUAAAAAAAUGAAGAGUGAGUAGUAAAAAGACAAAGUAGAGAGCGGCGAGAAUAGUAGAAGAACGAACUUUUUUUCCUCCGACAGAUGUUCCAUGUUCAAACAAAACUCGUUCUUUUCACUUUCAUCUCCUUAAAGUCGUUGAUUCUCAUUGCUAAUCCAUUGCAAAACGGUACCGUUUCAACACUCUAAGUUUUUUAUAUAUUUAUCUGUUUCAUCUUCCAUUGCAACUCCUAAGUCCUAACUCCGAACCACAGUAACUACCAUCCGAACCUGAACCUGAAUCCGAACCUCAAUCUCCAUGGCAGAAUUCGCCUUCGCGGUCUUUAUCAUUCUCAUUCUCGCCGGAGAUUCCUCCGCCAGAGACCUCCGUCCAUCAGAUCACGGCCUUGUUUUCCAGUCACUAUCGCCGGCGGGGACACAUUCUUCAUCGGAGAUGAGAUCCUUCUUCAACGGUGAUAAUUCAUUUUUCCCAACAGAUUCGUCUUCAUCCGACGUGGCGAUGCCGAAGGCAAUUACCACCGGCGACUCUACUCCACCGUCGUGGAGGACAGUCUCCGGCGACGGCAGAGACCGAAUUUGGAAUGUGCUGAAGGUGGCGAGUUGGGCGUGUGGAAUUGCGGGUGGGAUUCUGAUUUUGGUUUCUGGUUUGAUGUACGUGUUUAAAUAUAGAAAGCAGGAACAAAACGCAGCGUUUAGUGGUAACAACGGUGAAUUUGAAAAAGUGGAUGAAGAUAAUGAUGAUAAAAAAUUGCAAUUAGUGCUACGCGACCCUUCGAGCUGAGUCUUAGUACUUGGAUUUGUGUUGUUGAUUUUUCUUUACUACUGUAUCUUUGAUUUGAUUCAACGUUGCAUGCAAAGGGUAGUGGUUUAUAUUUUAGAUUAUUUUAGUUGAUUUUCAA